AUGCAAGCCGUCAUCUUCAAGGGCCCUCUCGAAGUGGCGCUCGAGGAGCGUCCCAUUCCCCAAAUCCUAGAUCCCACCGACGUGCUCAUCAAAGUUCGCUACACGGCACUAUGUGGGAGUGAACUUCACGUCUUCCGCGGCCACCAACCCUCUCCCACCGGCUUCAUUAUGGGCCACGAAUUCACCGGCGAAAUCAUCGCCACGGGCCCCGCAGUCCAACACUUCCAGACCGGCGACCUAGUCGUCUCCCCCUUCACUGUCAGCUGCGGGACUUGCUUCUACUGCACACGGGGAUGUUCCUCUCGAUGCGCGAAAUGCCAACUCUACGGGUCUGCGGUGCUGGAUGGCGGACAGGCGGAUUACGUGCGGGUGCCGUUGGCGGAUUCGACGCUUGUCAAGGCACCAGAGAGCAUCGAUGAGAAGAAAUUGGUUCUGAUGGCGGAUAUCUUCCCCACGGGCUAUUUCGCAGCGAGGAAUGCGUUUAAGGGGAUGGAUGAAGAGGAGGUGAAGGAGAGUGUAGUGGUGUUGUUUGGGUGUGGGCCAGUGGGGAUCUGCGCGUUGAUUAGUGCGUUGGAGUAUCGGGCGAGGAAGGUUAUUGCGGUAGAUAGUGUGAAAGAGAGGUUGGAGUUGGCGGGGAGGCUGGGGGCCGAGCCGUGGAAUUUCCAGACGCAGGGGGGCGAGUUGAGGGAGCGAGUGAAGGAGCUGACGGAUGGGAGGGGGGCGGAUGUGGCGAUUGAGGUGGUGGGACAUAGUAGUGCGUUGGGAAUGGCGUUUGAGAUGUUGAGGCCGUGGGGAAGGAUCUCGAGUGUGGGCGUGCAUAAUGGGGAGAUUCCAUGGACGGGGAAUCAGGCGUAUGGCAAGAAUUUGCAGGUGCAGAUGGGACGGUGUCCGGUUCGGAGUAUUUUCGAGGAUGCGUUGAAGAUGUUGGCAAAGAAGCAGGAUAUUCUCGAUUUCAUGGUGACGGAUGUACGGCCCUUGUCGCAGGCCAUUCAAGCGUAUGACGACUUCAACCAUAUGCGGUCCCAGAAGAUCAUCUUUGAAGGGGGCAAGUGAUGGUGAGGUAGACGUUGCACUGGCAGUUUUGGAGCCAUGUUGAAGCUUACU